AUGUAUGAGCUGAUGGAAGAAAUUGUCUCCGAUCCCAGGUUUUUCACUGAGGGCAGUAGUGCAGACGACUUUUCCCAAGGUUCCCUGGGUAACUGCUGGUUUGUGGCAGCCUGUGCCUGUAUUGCAGAACGGAAAAAUCUUCUGAGAAAGAUAGUUCCCGAUAUUGAGCAGCAGGAUUGGGGUAAAGGCCGAAAGUAUGCUGGAAUAUUCCAUUUUAAGUUCUGGCAGUGUGGGGAAUGGGUGGAUGUCGUCAUAGACGAUUAUCUCCCCACACGUCAGGGGAGAUUA